AUCCAAAGGGUCGGCAAUUCCAUGUUUAAGCAACUAUAAAGUUCCUUUCUUCAUAUUCUCCGUUAAGAAAAGAAUUCAAAUACAAGAUACAGUCAUAAAGUAAAGGAUGGCACCAAGCUACUUUUGAGGUUAUAUGAAAAACCAAACAUGGGGAUAGUUCCAUAUACCUUCGCCACUGCUAAAACAGAACCAAACUACCAAUCAAUUAGCAGCAACAUCAGGGUAUGUAGAAUCCUACACUUGAGGGGAACUAGAAUAACAAAUGCUAGGAGUCUACAGAAUACUGCGACUUCGCCAAAACCCUCCAAGGGGCGCAAUAUUUCAACGAUUCCAAGGGAAUGGAAUCCUUAACCUAAACAAAAUAUAUUCAAAUUUUGGAUGUGUCACGUUCUCUCCACGCAUGCAGCAGAAAGGAUUGGAGAACGUGACAGUGUCAGAGGUACUAAUGACAAAAGGGGAAGAAAAUGUUGGUUCCUGGCUUUGGUGCCGAGCUGAUGAUGCUGUUGUAAAUGCAAUGAAGAAUAUGGCUGAUAAUAACAUUGGAUCAUUGGUGGUACUAAAGCCAGAGGGGCAGCACAUAGCAGGGAUUGUCACAGAAAGAGACUGCUUGAAAAAAAUAGUUGCACAAGGAAGAUCUCCCUUACACACACAAGUUGGUCAAAUAAUGACUGAUGAGAAUAACCUGAUAACGGUGACCUCUGACACCAACAUUCUUAAAGCAAUGAAAAUUAUGACAGAGAAUCAUAUCCGGCAUGUUCCGGUUAUAGAUGGGAAAAUAGUUGGUAUGAUUUCCAUUGUAGAUGUGGUUCGAGCAGUGAUGGAGCAGCAGAGUGGAGAAUUGAAGCGACUCAAUGACUACAUCAGAGGACAAUACUAUUAGCAAAAGAAUUCAAGCAUGGAUACGGAUUUGAUGACACGAACGAAAUUCAUGUACCAAAACAGAAUACACCUUUAUAUUUCAUAAUAGAUUGAAUUUGAUUAUAUUUUAUAAAUUGCUAGUAACAGGUGAAUAAGUUUCCUUUUA